GUCAUAGUGCCGGUAGAUCUAUAUCAAUUUCCCUCGAACUUUACAGAUUCAAAAAUCGCCAAAAAGGAAAUUCAAUUUCCUUUUGCAUAUUGUCAUAUCUAUCUGUAUCUGUAUGUACGUCAAUUAUGUUUGAAAUUGUGAAAAGGAAGAUAAAAAAACGCAGGGUUUUGUGAUUGUUUGGGAAGAAUCGAGGAAAAAGAAUUCUAGGGUUUUUGCUUUUCCUAUGGCCGACGUGUUUUCUGUUGUUCCAGCUUCCGUUCUGAGAAACCUCUCCGAUAAGCUUUACGAGAAGAGGAAGAAUGCUGCUCUCGAGAUUGAGAAUAUUGUGAAGCAAUUGACCGUCGCGGGCGAGCACGAUAAGAUUGCGGCGGUGAUCAACUUGUUGACCAAUGAGUUCACUUACUCGCCGCAGGCCAAUCAUCGGAAGGGAGGAUUGAUAGGGUUGGCUGCCGCGACUGUUGGGUUGACUUCAGAAGCAGCACCGUAUCUUGAGCAAAUUGUACCGCCAGUGCUAAAUUCUUUUUCUGACCAAGAUAGCAGAGUCCGUUACUAUGCUUGUGAAGCUUUAUAUAACAUUGCAAAGGUUGUGAGAGGAGAAUUUAUUAUUUUCUUCAAUCAAAUCUUUGAUGCUCUCUGUAGGCUUUCCACAGAUUCAGAUCCCAGUGUACAGAGUGCGGCACAUCUUUUAGACAGACUUGUAAAGGAUAUUGUCACAGAGACUGAUCAAUUCAGCAUUGAAGAAUUUAUUCCAUUAUUGAGAGAGCGUAUGAAUGUUCUCAAUCCUUACGUCCGCCAGUUUCUGGUCGGAUGGAUUACCGUAUUAGACAGCGUUCCCGAUAUAGAUAUGCUGGGUUUUCUUCCUGAUUUUCUUGAUGGGUUGUUUAAUAUGUUAAGUGAUUCUAGCCAUGAAAUAAGGCAACAAGCUGAUUCAGCCCUUUCAGAGUUUCUUCAAGAGAUCAAGAAUUCUCCAUCUGUAGAUUAUGGUCGCAUGGCUGAGAUACUGGUACAGAGGGCAGCUUCGUCCGAUGAAUUCACUCGGUUGACUGCUAUUACUUGGAUAAAUGAGUUUGUAAAACUUGGUGGAGAUCAGCUUGUUCCUUAUUAUGCUGAUAUUUUGGGAGCUAUUUUACCUUGCAUAUCGGAUAAGGAAGAGAAAAUAAGAGUUGUUGCUCGUGAAACAAAUGAAGAACUGCGUGCUGUCAAGGCUGUUCCAGCUGAAGGAUUUGAUGUUGGAGAAAUUCUCACUAUUGCAAAGAGGGAGUUGUCCAGUGAAUUGGAGGCAACUCGAAUUGAAGCAUUGCAUUGGUUUUCAACUCUCUUAACCAGACAUCGUGUGGAGGUAGUACUCAUGGUGCUUGAGGUGCAUGCAUGUAUUGCCAAAGAUCCGCAACACUUUUGCCAGCUUCUUGUUUUCUUAGUUCAUAACUUUCGGGUCAACAACUCUCUCCUGGAGAAGCGUGGUGCUCUGAUAGUCCGUCGACUUUGUGUACUUUUAGAUGCUGAGAGAGUGUACCGGGAGCUCUCCAUUAUUCUUGAGGGGGAAUCUGACCUGGAUUUUGCGUCAAUUAUGGUUCAGGCUUUGAAUUUGAUUCUGCUUACUUCCUCAGAGUUGGCUGGACUUCGGGAUCUUCUAAAACAAUCUCUUGUCAAUGCUGCCGGGAAGGACUUAUUUCUUUCUUUGUAUCCUUCAUGGUGCCAUUCACCAAUGGCAACAAUAAGUCUUUGCUUCUUAGCUCAGACUUACCAACAUGCAAGUUCUGUCAUUCAAUCUCUGGCUGAGGAGGAUAUUAAUGUCAAAUUCUUGGUCCAGCUGGACAAAUUGAUCCACUUACUGGAGAUACCAGUCUUUGCUUAUCUUAGGUUGCAGGUGCUUUAA